AUGUUCUAUGAGGAACUCGAUCACGCUAUAUCACAAUUGUUAAUGAACAAGUUUCAAGAUCAACAACACGUUAUAGUUGAACAAACAAUUCGUGAGUUGCAAGGGAUCGUUAUUACAUCUGAGAUGUCUGAGGUAUGUGUGGAUGUGGUCUUACACAUUGAUCACUAUUGCGAUGGUAAAAUUUUGUUAGCAUUGGAAGAAUCAUCAUCUUUGGAUGGAAUGAUAUCGGCUAGUGAAUCAUCAAUAGAGUUGGUAGAGCCGAUGGAAGCUGAUGAAAGAAAUAGCAACGAUGAGUGUUUGGUAUGUCUAGAUGAGCUAGGGGAGAAAACUGAUGUAUUGCGGUUGCCUUGCUCUCAUAUGUUUCAUGCUCAGUGUAUUACCAAGUGGUUACAGAAUAGCCAUUACUGCCUGCUUUGCCACUUUGAGAUGCCAACAGAUUAG